UAAAGCAGUUUAAUACGAUAACAAAGUAGUAUUAAACUAAUAUAAUACUAUAAUAGUUAAUAAUAAUAUAAUAGCAACUCAAUUACCAAACAAAACAAAACGUUUCAAAAUUGUUUUUCUUCCUUUUUGACGAUUGUGCAUUUGUGUAGAUACCUACCUAAUUUCUAAUUAUGACAGAAGAAUCGCCGAUUAAUACGAAUAUCGCUGAAACAACCAACACCCGAGUAAAAAAUUGUAUAUUUUGUGACUUAAUUACUGCCAAUGAUCCAAAUAUUAUUCUUGAGCGUCGAAGCGAUCAAUUUGUAAUCAUUAAAGAUAUUAAGCCAGUGGCUACUCACCAUUUCUUAGUGUUGUGUGACAAACACGUAAAAAGUGCUAAAAGUUUACAGCCUAAUGAACAGGAUUGUAAUUUACUCAAGAGCAUGGUUGCAGCUGCAAAACAAAUAUUAUUAAACAAUGGUUGUGAUUUGAAUGACACAAGAAUGGGUUUUCAUUGGCCUCCAUUUUAUUCAAUAGGACAUAUGCAUCUUCACGCCAUCAGUCCUGCUAGUUCGAUGUCUGUUUUCAAUCGUUUUGUUGCAUUCAAUCCAAGUUUCAGUUAUAUUUUUGUUGACGUAGAUUAUGUGCUACAACGUAUUGGUUGCAAAGACAAAAAUGAAACAGAAAACCCAUCUUCAGUCACAUAAAGCAAGCUGUGAUACAUAUUUUAUACAUUACAAUAUGGGCACUAUGUGUUAUUUUUGAUAUAUUAGUAUUUUAUUCAUUAGGUAUUAUUAUACUAUUAUUUUAUUUAUUA